GAAGGUGGGCAAGGAGAGAAAAGGGCCCUAACCUGAGGAUGUCCUUCAUCACCUACUCCACACUGGGUCACACCCUCAUGAAGCUCACCUCAGACAGGAAUGAAAUUCGUGACGGUCUUAGCAGACUUCAGAAUAUAGUACCUAGUGGAGCCACACACAUGCAGGAAGGAUUUAAAAAGGCAAAUGAGCAGAUUGAAAGAGUUUACUCCAAAAACAGCAGUGCUUCCAGCCUGAUUAUCACUCUGACCACUGGACCACUGCUACCAACGACAUUACGGGAAACUAAGAGUGAAGCUGACAAAGCUCGGGAUAUGGGGGCCAAAGUUUACUGCCUGGGUGUAAAAGAUUAUAAGAAAGACCAGCUGCAUGAUAUUGUAGAAAGAAAAGACCAAAUGUAUGGGAUAGACGAAUUCAAGUCCCUGGAAAAGCUUGUUACCUCGCUGGUGGAAAAUUCCUGUAUGGAAGUGAUGGCUGGGGACACUUACUUUCUCUGUUUAGGAGAAGCCUACGAAGUGACAUUUUUUGCAUCUGGCCUAGAUCAAAAAAGGAAGGAUGAAAUUGUUUGCAGAUAUGAGUUGGGCUUCAGCAAAGUCUAUGAUAAAAAACCCACCUUUAUGAAUCAAGAAAAAUUAAUUUGCCCAGGACAUACAUUUGACAAGGCUGGACAGGAGGUCUUCAUCGAUUACAGCCUGGACAAUGGUGUCACCUUCGUAGGCGAAGACCUGAAAAUUGCCGGCAAGGACUGUGUGAAUGACAGGGUAGGCCUGAGCCUCCCUCAGUGGAUGGAGGCAGAGACAUCCUGGGGAGAUGAGCAUGAGACUGUGGAGCCCCCAGCUGUCCCAACUACAACCACAGUGACCACAGUGCCUACCACUGUCAGGACCAGUAGGACGACGACAAGGACGACGACGACCCCAACGCCUACAACUGUCAGGACCAGUAGGACGACGACGAGGACGACGACGACCCCAAUGCCUACAACUGUCAGGACCAGUAGGACGACGACAAGGACGACGACCACAACGAUGACAACGAAGACCACAGUGCCUACCACUGUCACCAUGACAACUACCGUGACAACUGUUGUCACAACCACAGUGACUACAGUUGUCACAGAGGAGGAGACCACAGUGCCCAUGGUUGUCACCCAGAGCCCAGUUCCCAGCAGUCCUCUCUUGUACCCUACACUCAUCCUGUCCCUGGUCGUGAUACCGUUGCUGCUUGUCUGCAUCUGCUGCUGCAAGAGGAUCAUCAAGGAGCGACCACCAGCCCAGAAAUCAGAAAAAAAGCCAUGCCCUGUACAGACCAGGGUGAUUGUCUCCUGCUGUGGGUGCCAAGAAGACAGGAUAAAACAGAUGGAGGGAAAACUGGAUACUUUUUACGACUUUGUCCAGCACUGCAGCCAGGUGCCAUUGAUGUGGUGUCCGCCCAGGGACACGGGGAGGUGCACCAAUUUCACCUUAAUGAAUCCCCACUGCACACAAAUGUUCUGCGGCCCAAAGAUCUGCCUUCAACCCAGCCAGGAGUGCUUCCCCCUCAGUAGCUGCUGUUCACAUGGUCAACAUCUCCCACCCACACGCUCUCAGUCACUCUCCAGGAUGCUGCCGCUGAUCCCUCCUACUGCCUGGAAGCUCUGCAGAAGUACUUUGUCACUCCCACCCCCAUAGACCAACAUCUAAAGCACCAAAAACACAAAAUUGUUAAGAGCCCCUUUUGUACUGAAUUGGACACAUAUAUUGUGUUUUGGUUUACAGUCAAAAGGAGUUGGGAUUUGUUGUUGAUUAGCAAGAGAGUUUGUUACCUGGUGAGCACUGCUCCACUGUAUGAGAUGCAGCUAUACUGCUCCGCCAGGACAAAGCACCCUGGUGUCCUGUGGAUGUAGACAUGAUGAGUCUCAUUCCCCACAGACAGGUCUUCAUCUGUCACCAUGGGUUGAGAUACGUGGGGUUUUAGCCAAAAUAUGCUCUUUCCAAAAAGCCCACAAUAUCUUUGAUGUAUGAAUACAGUCUGGUGUCCAUUA